AUGGCUUUGAAAAUCCAGAGGCUGCAGUUAGUCUUGGUGUUCCUCGUUGCGAUGCAAGAAAAUGUUCCAGCAAUGUCCGCUCGGAUGGCAUUUCCUCUUUUUAAACCACCGGGACUGGAUGAAGCUAAAUGCAUAAAGAGCCACGCAUUUGGCAGUGGGGAUCAAACAAUACACCUGAAACAGCGUUGUGAUGGAGGAUGCAGCGGGAACAGACCAAAGGAUGGCGACAUAUGUGUUGUGGAGACCGGAACAUCAGGUUUUGCUCUAAUCUUUCUCUCCGGAGUAUGCCAAAACAAGACAUGUAAAAUAGAAAAUGACAGCGAGAUAUACAAACAAGAAAUGAAUGUAUCACUCGGUAGUAAUGAUGAAGCAUCAAUCCCACGGCUGCCUGGUUGUGGGUUCACAAGUGUUCAAGAUAAAAACAGACAGCAUUUACUUUCCACGGAGUGCACGUCCUGUGAAUCUCAGUUAAAUCAAACGCAACGACCAGAUUGCACACCGUGCAUUGCAUCUCGGGAAGAUACAGAGUCUGGUGACCUGAAACUCACAGUGGGAGAGUGCCAUAAUGGAACCUGUGUCCCUCGAAAUCCGACAGAAACCGUGGAUGUAAAGAAAGAAUUAAUCUCCAACUCCGACUAA